AUGCCAACCGACAACAAGCGCAACAGAUACACCUACAAGAACUCGGGCACCAACAGCCAGGGUAACCACUAUUGUAGCCGUGAUUACGACUCUGGUCAGAGUGGCUAUCACUAUUCCAACCAGAAUGGAUCGUACUACUACAAGAACUCUGACGAAAGCACUUACUACAACAAUGGCAAGGGCGAAGCCUGGUACACUCCCGCCAACUCUGACAAUACCUACUACUACUCCAACAACGGAGACGAUGACAGCGGCAAUAGCAAGAACUAA